UGCAGAGAGAUUGGAAGGGACAGAUUUUGAAUGGUAGUGCGAAUCAUGUUAAAGUAACCAGUCCUCUUCAGGGAGAGUUGCUAGCAAUUUGGUUUGCUUGUGGAAUGGUCAAAUCUCUGGGCUGCAGAAGGGCGUGUAUAGAAUCAGAUAAUCAGCAAGCCAUCAAAUUGAAUGUGUCCAAGUUGGUUCCCCCAUGGAAUGUGGCCUCCAUAGUGAUGGAUAUCAGAGAGUUGAGGAAGGAGUGUGAGAUAGCUCUCAAUUGGGUUAACAGGGUUGCCAAUGGACUAGCACAUGCUGUGGCUUCCAAGGCGUUAAGAGGUUUACUUCCUUGUAACUGGGUGGCUUGUCCACCUCCUUCCGUUUUUUCUGUUCUUGAUUCUGAACUUUCCUCUUUUGUGUAGCCCUGUGGGCAAGAUUUUGACUGUUAAAAAAAAAAAAAAAAAAACUCUGUAUCCUAGUACUAAUAUUGGCAAAAAGUAAAAUAAAAAAUGUCUCUCUCAUCCUAAUCCUAUCCGUUCUCCGGGUCUCUCUCUGCCUCAGUAUAUGUAUUCUUUUCGUAUAUAUAUUCUUGCAUACUCGAAAAGGAAAAAAUCUGGGGCGAGAACAGAGAUGGCUGCAAUCAUGUCUCUCUGAUGGGUUUCCGUCUGUUUAGGGUUUACAUCAAAAUAGGAGCAGUAGUAUGUGUGUGGGUGUAUAUACCUAUAUUUAUAUGACUGUUGAGUAAGGAAAAGACAGAGAUGGCUUUAUCGGACAGCAUAUCAGCGAAUAUGAAGCUAAACGAUUCGAAGAAGAACAGCCUCCGGAACGCAAUUCUGAUUCUGGCGCUCGAAUGGAAGGAUUUCGACGAGCAAUUGGACUCUACCGACAACUGCUUCGGCGAAUGCAUCAACGAACUCGACUGCAGAGAGAAGAACUUGGAAUCUCUUCGAGAAUCAGUGAAAGAGAGCAACCGAGAGCUUGAUUUGGUCAGGAAAUCGAUCGAGUUGCGCGCUGACGAACUCGAAGUUAAGGAGAAGGAAUUUCAUUCUUUUCUCGAAGUUCAUACUACGUUGUUGAAAUUGAAAGAAAAGCAACUCGACGAGAUUCGAAGGUCGGCCGAGGAGCGUAUUGAAGAGGCUGAAUUGAGAGAGGAAAGGCUCAAUGAUCAGCAGAAAUUGAUGGAGGGUCUCCUCUUGGAGAGGCAUGAGGAGGAGACGAAGCGUUUUGAGACUAUCCAGAAAUCUAUUGGCCAACGAUUGAAAGAAAUCGGUUCGAAAGAGAAGUAUUUCGAAGGUCGGUCGAAAGAAAUCGAUUCGAUUCAGAAUUGGAUAGAGAGGCGCGCCAAAGAGCUUGAUUCGAGAGAAGAACAGAUUGAUGAACGCGUUAAAGAACUUGAUUCCAUGCGGAAAUUGAACGAAAAGCAUUGCAAGGAACUCGAAUUGAAAGAGAAAGAAGUUGAUUCUGCUAAACUAUGGAACGAAAAACGGGCAGAGAAACUUGAUUCGAGAGAGAAGGAGCUGGAUUCCGUUAAAAAAUUUAUCAGUCAAUCCUUUGAAGAUAUUCACUCAAAAAACAAGCAACUCAAGUUGGACCAACAAUUGAUCGAGGAGCGAAGCAAGGAACUCGAAUUGAAGGAGAAGCAAAUUGAUGAAAGGUCUAAAGAACUUGAGUUGAAAAAGAAGCAAUUUGGUGGUGCCAAAUCCAAUGUCAAGGUGGAGCAAGUGGAAGGUAUGCCAGUUGACAAUGUAAGUAAAUGUUUGUCCGCUGAUACUCAAUUUGUUGUCAAAAUGGAUGGAAGGAGUUUGCAGUUGUUCCUGAAUGAGCGUUCGAAUGAUCAUGAGUCAAUGUCUAGUGAAGUUUAUAGAGCUCUUCGAUUGUCGUUGGAUCCUGCUAAGCUAGUCCUAGAUGCAAUGGAAGGGUUUUACCCUCCUCAUCUGAAAAAGGGUGAUGCGGUGUUUGAAGAGGAUGUAGUUAGGAGGAGUUGCGUACUUUUGCUUGAGCAGUUAAUGAAAAUUGCUCCUCAGAUUCACCCUUAUGUGAAAGGAAAGGCGUUGAAACUUGCUGGAGAGUGGAAGGAAAAGAUGGGAGCGGUGGCCAGUAACACUUCGGAGGUGUUGGGCUUCAUGCAGCUUUUAGCUUCUUACAAGUUGGCUUCUGGUUUUGAUACUGAUGAGCUUUUGAAAAUAUUCAUGGUUGUUGCUGAGCAUAAACAAGCACCUGAAUUAUGCCGGGAACUUGGUUUCACAGAGAAGGUUCCUGAUCUCAUUGACGAUCUUGUUAAGGAGGAUCAAGUUCCUGUUGCUGUUAGAUUUAUAUUUGCUUUUAAGCUUGUUGAUAAGUUCCCACCAGUACCGCUCUUGAGAUAUUUCUUGAAGCGUUCCAAGAGGAUUGCCAAGAAAAAAAUAAAUAUGGAAAAAAAUCCUAGUACAGCAAAGUAUAGGGUAAUAGAUGAAAGAGUGACUUGUGUCGGAGCUGUUAUCAAGUGUGUUGUCGAUCACAACCUUGAAUCCCAAUUGCCACUUAAAUCCCUUGAACAACGCAUUGAACAGCUUUUAAUGCAUAAGGAAGGUAACAAGCAGAUUAAGCCUGCCUGUCUCAUCAAGACUGAAGGAGGGCUGUGGUACAGGGAUAAUACGGUUAUGUCAUCCACCACUGUCCCUAUGCAGUCUAAAGCUUCUGCCUCCACGCAUGACCCUGCCACCGAUACUAUGGCCGGCAUCCUUGCCAAUAUGGAUGGAAAGAAUUUGCAACUUUUCUUAAAUGAACAUUUGGAAGAGAAUCAAAUGAUGCACAAGGAACUUUACAAUGCUCUUCAAAUGUCGUCUGACUCAGGAAAGCUUGUUCUGGAUGCAAUGCAAGGGUUUUAUCCUCCACAUUCAAAAAAGGGAGGCAUUAAUAUUGAAGCUAGUGUUAUUAGAAGGAGUUGCAUUUAUUUGUUAGAGAUAUUAAUGAGACUCUCUCCUCCAAUUAAACCUCAUGUGAAAGAAGCAGCAAUGAAACUUGCAGUUUUUUGGAAAGAAAAAACAGUGGUAGUUGAAAAAAAUCUACCGGCAAUCUUGGGUUUUUUGCUACUUGUUGGUACCUAUGGAUUGGCCUCUGCCUUUGAUACAGAUGAGCUUCGUAGUCUUUUUCAGACUGUUGUAGAGCAUAGAUAUGCCCCUCUGUUGUCUCAAGCCCUUGGUUUCCCGGAAAGGAUUCCUGUGGACAACAUCCUUCAUAUCCAAGAGAAGAUUGAUCGAUCUGCCUUAGAAAAUCUGCAAUUGAACAGCAUAGUCCCUUCUUUGGAUGUGGGUCCUUCGAAUUUGUGGUGUGGAGUUCCUGCUUGUAUUCAAUUUGCAUCAGAUCCAGCGAAGCUUGUCUUGGAUGCAAUGCAGUGUUGUUAUCACUCAAACUUGGGGAUACGAAAAAGGUUAAACACGAAUGUUAUAAAGAAUUUCAGUCUCUUGCUAAUUCAGUUAUUAAGAGCCUCACUAGCAGUUAAAACUUGCGUGAAAGAAGGAGCAAUGAAGUUUGCGUCUGAUUGGAAAGACAACCUGAAGUCUCAAAGUCAUCUAGAAGUGUGGCCCUUUUUGUUGUUCUUAGCCACCUACAAAGUGGCUUCCUUUUUCAACACUAGUGAGCUUCUUGAUCUUUUGGAGAUGGUUUACAACCGCAAACAAGCAAUUGAUUUAUUUCAUGCCCUUGGACUAAAAGAUGAGCUCCCUAACUUUGUCAACCGUCUUAUUCAAAGAGCGCUGCACCUGGACGCUAUCAGAUAUGUUUACGCAUUUGAUCUCACUGACAAGUUCCCACCCGCAUCUCUCCUGAAAGGUUACUUCAGUCAUGUGAAAGAGGUUUGCAAGGAUGUACGGCGGGAGGGACGCAACUCUUGCAAAGCACAGGUUCUCAACAUUCUGUCCUGCAGAACAUUUCUGUCCUUGGAGUUUUCUGUGGGUAUCUGUCAAUCACAUAAUAUGCUAGAAGCACCCCUCCAAUUGAGUAAACCUACUUCGAACAUUUUCGUAUCUUACGGUUUUCAAUCUUCUCUUGUUCGUUAUUUCUAUGCCCCUUGUAGGCUGUAGCAUAAUUUUUAUUUCAUAUAGUCAGUUUUAUACCUACGAAUUCUAACUCUUUUACUAUAUGGCUUCUCUCCAAAUUUGUAAUUGAGUUGAUAUUGCCUCUGCUUUUAGUUUCAUCCACUAAAACUAUUAACUGCGAACAACAUACACCGCGGACCAUAAGCAUGAACAUGCCUAGUCAACUCCUCCAAUACUAGAGCAAAAAGAGAGGGACUCAAGGAUAUGACCCAUGGUAUUAUCCUACGGUGAUAGAAAAUUCACUAGUGUCUCCAACAGGUGACCUAAUUAUAGUCGAAGGCUAUGACGCUUUUACAUGUCUUUUAUUGCAUCAAUGUCACCCUUUGUCUCCUUUCUCAAACAUUGACCAUAUUAUGUUUUUAGGCACCCUAAUAGUGGUUUAUUCUAACUUGAUCAUAAUCAUAUGAAUAAAUUCUUCUCUUCAUAUUUUUUGUUAGUCUCCUCAGUAAGAAGUUGGUUCCAAACUGUUUCCCUGACGCCUUUGUCACCAUUGUUUGGCAAUGUUCAAUGGCUAUCCCCACAAUUUGAUUAUGUGACUCGUCAAAUUAGUAUCUCUAUAGUUGGUCUUGUACUCUUAUUGCAACUUUAAAUAUCUCUUAGCUAUUGUCUAAAGGUAGUAUUAUUAUAAUUCUUUUCCUCCACUCUUUAGGCAUUUUGCUAGUCAUUUUAAUCUUGUUUAAUAACUUUGUUAACCAAAACGCCCCUAACUCACCUAAGCAUUUCCACCCCACAGGACAGGGAUACCAUAUGGCCAUGGAUGGAGGCAUGUGGGGACGAGUGGGGGCAUGUGCCUCCAUGCCCCCACUGAACUUUCAAAAACCUCAGUUUUACCCCUAAAAGUUAUGAAAUUUAUUCUUUGAUGCCCCCAUUAAAAUUACAUUUUGCCCUCACUUAAUGGUUUGUAUGUGGUUCUGCCCCGCUAAGUUAUGAAAUUUCUUUAACUAUUUAAUGUAAUUAAGGUGAGCGUUUAUGAAAUAUUACAUGAUUAAUAAAACUUGGUGUGCUGUGAAUCUACUUUGAUUAAGAUUUGAAAUAAAUUAAAGAUUAAUGAGGUAGGUAAGCAAAAACAUAAGAACAAAUUGUGUAUAGUUUUUUUGGUAGAAGGUUUUGCCCCCCACUGACAAUUUUUUUUGGCUCCACCCCUGCAUAUGGCCCCCAUGGCUUACCUGAUUUCAUCCUAUUCAGCACAGUUUUCCCUUCAAACCUUGUUCUACGAUAGGACUUGUAUUGUCUAAUUAUAUCAAGCUUACUUUGUUCCUCUUAUACCAAGCUUUCUAAAUUGUUUCAUUUAACACUUUUUAACCUAUAAAAAAAGAAAAAAAAGAAAAGGAAACUAAUCCACCUUUUCUUAAUAUAUUUCUGAUGCACUUGCCUUGAUUACGGUUCUUUUUUUCUCUCUCAUCUUUACAAAUGUUCUUUUCUCCAUAUUUACUGGCUAAUUUUGUGUAUAGAUCGUGAUACGCUUUCAACUUAGCUUCUCUAAUGGCUCGUUUUAAUCACCUUCCUAGCCCUUUCAUAACUCUUAAAGAGUUUCCUCAUUUUUAUGUUAACACC